GCGGGGCUGGCGCGCAUGCGCAGACAUGGCCACCGCGGCCGACGUGCAGCACCUGCGGGAGUGGAUCAGCAAGCAGCCCCACCUGCCUCACGACGCAGAUGAUGCAUUCCUGGAGAGAUUCCUGCUGGGCUGCAAAGGCAGACUGUCGCGCUGCAAAGAGGUGCUGGACAUGUACUACACUGUGAGGGCGACGGUACCGGAGUUCUUCAGGAACAGAGAUCCGACGAGCCCCGAAAUACGUGACAUCGCCAAGGCAGCGUUCCUGGUGACGCUGCCGCGGCUGACGCCCGCCGGCCACCACGUGACCAUGCAGGGGCUGCUGGACGCCGACCCGCGCCGCUUCAGCGCGCUGGCCUACAUGCGGCGCCUGUUCAUGCGCAUGGACGCGUUCCUGGCCACCGAGGUGUGCGCCGGCACCGCCGUGGUCGUCGACCUGGCGGGCGCCACCUUCGGCCACGCGGCCGGCUUCGCGCCGUCGCUGCUCCGGAGGUUCCUCGUGUGCGCGCAGGACGCCUGGCCGAGUCGCAUCAGAGAAUUCCAUAUUAUCAACGGGCCUCCUCUGGCGGAUAAAAUACUCGAGCUAGCAAAACACUAUGUUAAAGAAAAAACAAUUUCAAAAAUCCAUGUGCACAAGAGCGUAGAGACGCUGUACGCUUUCAUUCCAAGAGAGAUACUUCCUUUCGAGUAUGGCGGAAAGUGUGGCCACGUGAAGGAUCUCAAUGAUGCCGCUCAGCAACAACUAGAGCAGUCUAAAGAGUGGUUUGCAGAAGAAGAAAAGAAACUCUCUUACCUUCCAAUGCGUGUAAAUGAUUGUGCUGUGGAUCUGGACUCAUAUUUUGGCUUAAAUGGUUCAUUUAGAACAUUAGCUAUAGACUAAGUCUUUUAUAAAGAUGCUACAGUAAAGACAAUUAUAAAAAAAGAGGUUAAUAUGCCUCGAAAAGACACUACUGUUGAGUUUAAAGGGCAUUUAUUGCUACAUGAAGCCACGUGUUGAAAUCGGAAACUGAUAUGAAUGCAUUUGGGUACUUCUAUGUAUUACAGAAGUAUGUGAUGUGGCCAUGCCUAUGACAACAAUAAGUUCAAGAUUCAGGAAAAAUAACCAAGUCAAAUAUGUAGGCAUGUUACCGAAAUAGCUUUUGAUAUCCAUACUUGCAACACAUCCCCUAUUUGUAAAGAAAUUAUAUGUGCAUGUUAUUUAACUAUUUUUGUUAGGUAUAUGCAGUUUAGAUGAUAACGUGUAGGUCAAUAAGUAUCUACUGAUUGUCUUUUACUACACAUGAUAAACAUCACACAAACCUCAAUGGUCGUGACAUACACACACUAACCGGAUACAGUGAAAAAUAGGAGGGGGGGAUGCAUCACUAGUCACGUUAAGGUUUAAACAAUUUAUAAACCAACACUUCUUCUUAAAUUGUUUGAAAGUAGAUACAAAAAAACUUUCAAUUCAUGACAUUAAAAAACAAACACACUCACUAUAGGAACAAGCAAACAAUAAAGAAGCUUUAAUAAAACAAUUCGAGACAUAAUUUAAGACUUAACAUAUUGAUAGACAUCAUUUAAGACCUAAAAUAUUGAUAGACAUCAUUUAAGACCUAACAUAUUGAUAGACAUCAUUUAAAACCUAAUAUAUUGAUGAAGUAGUUAUGUUUUUUCCCUGGUUAGGAGCUUUGUCAAGAUGUCUGAUAUUAUUUACUCUGUUGAUAAAUUAUUAACAUCAGUAGUUUUAUCAUGGGCAUGCUUCCUAACAAAAUUAUGUCUGAUAUCUAUAUUUUUGGAUCUUUGGCUGGUUAAAAUUUUUUAGCUAGUAUAUGUAUUGCCCCUUUGUUAUCACAAUUCGCAAUGGGUGGCUUGUGUUCAUGUUCGGGUUGCAUUUCACCGCAAAACGUUCUAAACCACAAGACUUCCUGAACAUGAAGCUGAGCACCAUGUAUUCAGCUUCAAUUAUGCUCAAGGCAACUUACUAGCUCAUGAAACCAGUCUGCCCAUGUACUUGACGCUGCAGCCAGUAAUUGAGUAUCUGUUAUUGCUGUCACUCCCUCAAUCUGCAUCACUGUAGCUAACUAGCUCGUGGUUCCUUUUUUAUAUCAAACACUUAUUUCAAGUAUCUCGUCCCUUUCAUGUAUCUGAACACCCUCUUGACAGCAAGCCAAUGGCAUUUUUGUGGGUGGUUGUUAAAUUGAUUUAAGCAAUUAACAGCACAAGAUAUGUCUGGGCGAAGAACUUGGGACAGGUGCAUGAGACUGCCAAUAGCUUGCUGGUAAGGUACUGUUUUACAAUAGUUCAAAUUGUAACUGUCACGUUCCGUUCCAUUUUGCAAAGCGUCUCUGUGGUCCCAGCCUCCAUUGGGGUAGAGACUGGGUUGCAGUCCGACAUGUAAAACUUAUGUAGAGUUGUCAAUUUUAUUUGUCCCUGUUGAUUUUCAUACCUAGACGAUUUUCUAUAUGACCGAGGUUCUUAUUUACUCUGGACUUGCCCCUGAAUUUGCGGUUCAAUCGUACAAAUUAUAAGUCGCCAACACAUAUGGAACAUAUGAAGACACCUUUUUUUAGUAUGUUCAAAGUAUACACAAAAAUCUGCUUUGAACUGCCUUAGCCCCAUCACUGCAAGGAAUGGUUUUAUACUACGAUACCAGCACCUUCCACUUUGUUUAGGUCCAUACAUAGCCUUUUUGAGCCGCCAAACCUUGCCAGGAUGUCUUCUCUCAAGGUCUUAUGGAGGUUGCAUGUAUAUGACUUCAUCUAAGUGGCCAUGUAUUCAAGCAGUUUACACAUCCAUAUGCACUAUCUCAAGAUCUUUCUUUACAGCCAGUGCAAAGAGGUAUCUUAGUGAAGUAUGUUUUAUCACCGGUGAGAAGGUUUCCCAUAUUCUAUACCGAGCUUCUGUCCACCACCCUUGACUACUAGAAUAGCCUUGUAUUUAGGUUCCUUGGAGUCCGCGGUUUUAAUUUUGAAUACCCGCUUUGUAUUGAGAAACUUUAUGCCAUCUGGAAAGACUACCCACUCAUAGUUUUUUACUAACAAAUGAAGUUAGUUCUUCAUCAAUUGUUUCCCUCCACUUUGCAACUUGUACACUUGUCAAAGCUUCCUCCAGUGUGAGGGGCUCGUUGUUUUCUGCAAUGAAGUAAGUCACAAGAUCUGGAUCGGAAGCUUUAGGCCUUGGGGUGCGAUUAGAUCGUCAUAACUGUUGAGGACUGGAAGUUUCUUCAAGGUCAUCAUUUCCCGUGAGCCCCUUGAAGAACUCUUCGUCUGAAUAUGCACUGUACAGUUUAGAUCAUGGUUCUUGAGAGAUAACAUGUUAAUUAUCACCAACCGUUUGUGAGGUGGGUAUGCCUUCUCUUACCAUUGCUGGCAUUUUGUUGAGCAUAUUUUCUUCUAGGUACACCAUUACUCUGUUGAUAGUCACUUGUUUAGUCAUUGGAUUGAUGAGGCGGUAACAUUUCAUGUUAUCACAAUAACCAAUGAAUUUAAGUUUCUCGGAUUUGGGGUCUCAUUUUUUACUCUUCUCUCUUGGAAUUUUGGCCAUGGAUUCACAAACUAAGAUCCUGAGGUAACUGAGUUGGGGCUUCCUUGAAUACCAAGCUUCGAACAGUGUCUUUCCUUCAAUAGCUUUCGUUGGGCUCCUGUUGUUGAGAUGGACAGAAGUCGCUACUGCUUCGGCCCAAUACAUUUUAGGCAGUCCUGGAUCCUGUGAUAAGCACCAUGCCUGUUCAACAAUUUUCUGAUUGGCACACUCCGCGUCCCCGUUCUGCUGGGGUGAAGCUCUGAUGGUGUGUUUGGUGUCUAAUGCCUUCCAUUUUCAGGAAACUGCAGAACUCACUGUUUACGAACUCUGUCCCAUUAUCUGAGUUUAAGAUUAUUAUUUUGUAAACCUCUGGUUUUCAAAAAGUGCACAGCAUUCUUUGAACACACCACAGACCUGAUCCUUUGACCUCAGGAAAUACCCAUUUGUGUACCGAGAAUAAUCGUCUAUGAGGACUAAAAAGUACCUACUGCCUCCAAUAUAUUCUGUCUCCAUGGGACCACAUAAGUCCACAUGCACCAGUUCCAAGGUUUUUUUUGCUCUAAAGAUGCUUUAUUUGAAUAUAAAACGAAAUUGUUUGCCUUUGACACAAACUUCACAUGGGGCUUUGCUUGUCUGCAGGUUCUGUGCUCCAUCUGCCAUUGCUGUUAACAAGUUCAUAUCUUUACUGUUUAAAUUACCUAAUCUGCGGUGCCAUAGAUCUUCACCACAAGUGAUAGCAUACACUCUAUCAACACACGAUGACACGGAUACUGCACUGUGUCUAACUGAUAAAUGCAAUUUUUCAAAUGAUGCCGAGGCUAUCAAUUCAUGAUUUGAGUUCAGUAUUUUACCACCAAUUGUUUGAAAAAUAACAGUAUUUACUUUGCUUGUGAUUUUACUCAAUAAUAGUAGGUUUGGCUGCGAUGUCUGGAGCAUGAUGCACCUCGUGGGCUGUGAUGAGGCUGGUCUUUUUAUUGACUGACAACUAAAUCUCAACAUUUUUCACAGAAUCUAUCGUGAGAGGAUUAUUGUUUUCCAUUAGGAUUUUUAGCUUAAAUUCGGACACACAAAUACCUAACUUAGUUUUUGUCAAAUGCACUGAUGCACACGAAUCUAAAUACCACCCAUGUUCACUGUUUUCCAUGUUUGUUAGCAUACACGUAUUAUGCUAAAAAUGCAUUGUUGGUUUUAUAGUCGAAAUCACUUCCCUCUUUCUUUCAUUCCCAUUUAACCUGACACGACAAUCUGCAGCAAAAUUUCCAAUCCAGUUCCAGUUGUGACAUUUGCGAGGCACUACAUGGGGUUUGUUUUGUUUGUUGUUUCAUGACGAUCGUUUACUGUAGAGUGCUGUAUCGAUAUUGGAUGAUCGAAAUGGACUUGAACUAGAUUUUACUUCUUGUGACAAUUUGAUUUUAAUGUCAUCAGCUGUAAUUAGAAUUUCUGAGCUCUCCAAGGCUAUUAUUAUGGGUUUGUACUCUCUCCAUCUCCCUCUACACGCACCAAGUGUGGUUCAUGGCAAGGGGAGGACGCGCCCCCGCCGCCCAUGUUAUACAAUGCACAUUCGAACGCGUUUAUACACUUACCCAGACUUCAUUAUUAUAGAUAAAAACUAGAUAUUUUGCUCGAAAUGACUUGAUGUUUUGUUAUUACACUCAUAGCUCAAGAGGUUUUUAACACAUCCCCCCCUUGAAUUAUGUCUGUAUCGCUCCCUAAUGGUAACACCACAAAACACAAGACCCCUUAAUCACAUAAUGGCGAAAUACAACAUUGAUAAACUAUAGCACAUCUAUGCAUGCAUUUUGAUUGAUGGUACUGCACUGCUGGCAUUGCAGCAUCUCACCUUUGUAUCCUUGAUACUUGACAUGCUCCCCGCGAUAUAGUUUGUUUUCAAGACAGAAGCUGGCAUGCACAAUUAAAAUUAUGGUACUUACUGGUAGUGUGGUUCAUGGCAUGCAGUUUGUAGUAAUUGCUGCAUAACGUCUCCAUGUCGAUGGCGAUGUCAGGCACCAUGUGCAAUUCGUGGUUCGCUACCGCCCAGCCCAAGCAGCGGACCAUGGUGUCUGUAGCAGGCACAUACAGAGAAGAUUGCUCCCCCUUACUCCUAGCUCCAGGCUCCACCUCUUCCCAAGGCCAUGGCCAUAGUACAUGAAGUACAUACUCAUGCCAUCUAGCGGUAGUUUUGCGAAUCACUUACUCCUGGGAGUUUGAACGCCCACGGAACGCCUGCCCUCUGGCAUCUCCCAAAGUAACCAGUUCACAUAGUUAUUUCUUAGGCCACCAGAGCGCUGGCUUAGUCCGUCCCAUAAGCCUCAAUGGUGCUACCAGCUGAUCCGCACGACUCAAUCUCUACUCAGUCCAGCCACACCUCAGUAGGUCGCGCUGACAUCGGGCAGUACCACCAACUUCGAGAUAUCGAAUUGAAUUCUGCCUUCCUCGACAAGCACCUCGGUAAUGUUCGGAACCUUUCGGUUCAAAAGCCGAAGGGGGGCCCCCACCUUUCUUCAUUUAAUAUUGCUAUUAAUUAAGAGUCUCAGCCACCACAAGCUCACUGCACGGCGCGAUACAGGACUGACUGCAUAGAACCAAACGUCAUCGGGACGCCUCGCCGUUUCUCUUAAGAUGUGAUCAGAUUAGCCAAGGGUUGUUUCCCUUCAUAGUAGUGUUUAGGCAUUAGUCAGUCCACGUAAAUCUAGCUAAAGUAGUCAUGUAUAAGUCAUCGUAGAUAAUUGAUUUUUUUGAGAAUCAUGGAUCAUCCGUGUCGUGCUCGUCUGCUUAACCAGCGGGCAGGCCCUGGAAGACAUACCCUGUUUGGUGAGUUUUUAGCACCACCCCUCGCCUACCUGUCAUCGUAACUAGAAGGCAUUUUCUGCCUGUUCCACCAACUGUCUGUGAUUCAGUCCUAAACAUAUGUGUUUGGAUCUGUUCACAGACAGGGUCCAAGUAACAGAGUUCAAGUGCCAUAGUACUCGUGCCAGAGUACCAGUGCCAGGCACCGAACACUGGACCCGGGUACUUUGCCAAGGACCAGAUCCGUCUACACAGGGCAGAUCGUCCAGGGCCUCUGAUGUCUCAUCAGCUGUCCCACUUCAUCCAUCAAUCUCCAAAAUGCCAGCCUUGCAUUUUUUUUAACCUUUUUCGGAAUAGUAUCCAGCCGCGACGUCUCUUGGACCUUAAACCAAGAACCUCACUAAGAUAAUUUAACGAGUUAUUUGUCACAAACUUUAAGUAAAAUGGUUAAGCUACUUAUGUUAAUGACCUAAAAAGGGCCGGUCCAUUCUUGUACCCAUUCUUGUACCCAUUAUUGUAUUAAUGUAAUCUCAAUUCCAUGUUGUAUAUGCUUUCUGUUAGUUAAAUCACAUGUUGUAACUCUAUAUUAUGACAAAUAACGAAAAGUAAAAUAAAAACAGAGAAACCAA